AUGGCUCGCGCUGCAAUAACCAAACUCUCCUGGGAAAGUCACGUCCUCCGUCCCGUGCAAAACGCACCUCCCGCCAUCAUUCCCACAUUAAUCUACGGUACCGCUUGGAAGAAAGACCAGACCGCCGAUUUGGUACACCAGGCGCUCGGGGCUGGUUUCCGCGCCGUGGACACUGCUGCCCAACCCAAGCAUUAUCGCGAGGACUUGGUCGGGGAAGGCAUACGCAGGGCCCUCCAGGACGGCUACGUCCGACGAGAAGAUCUUCAUGUCCAAACCAAAUUCACGUCCGUCAAUGGCCAGAGUCCGGAUAAUAUGCCGUAUGACCCCAAGGCCUCGGUGACUGAUCAGGUCCAUGCGUCUAUCAAGUCGUCGCUGCAUAAUCUCCGGCCCUCAGGCACGGCAGAUAGUGUGAACGACGCAUACAUUGACAUGCUCAUUCUGCAUUCACCGCUGCCGACGAUGUCUCAGACAUUGGAGGCUUGGUCCGCGGUUGAGAGCUAUGUUCCUCACCAGAUACGUAGCCUGGGUAUAUCCAACACGACUCUGUCCAUCUUGAAGGAGCUGUUUGGCCAAGCAAGGGUAAAGCCUGCUGUGGUUCAGAACCGAUUCUAUGCCGACACGCAAUACGAUGUUCCCUUGAGGGCCUUUUGCCGGGAGAACCAAAUCAUUUACCAGAGCUUCUGGACGCUAUCGGCAAAUCCAGAAUUAAUUCGCUCGGAUGCUGUUCAGCUGCUUGCCCACGAAGCAGAUAUCUCGCCAGCUGCAGCACUUUACUGUCUUGUUCUAGGACUGGGACACACUACGGUGUUGGACGGCACAACCAAGCGCCAUCAUAUGGAGGAAGACUUGGCUGCCCUGCAGAAGAUCGAGCGGUUUACGGAGGAUCAGCCAGACCUGUGGCAGAGAAUACUGAAACGCUUCCGGCAGUUAACUGGUGACCAGAUGGUGGAAUAG